AUGAGAAGUCUACUAGCAGUACUCGCGGCGAUAUGUUCGCUCGUGACAGUUGCAUCUGGCCACGGCUGGAUCCAUCGCCACAUUCUCAACGGAAUAACCUACAUUGGCUUCCUUCCCGAGAACAAACCCAUCUUUACAGACCCUGCACCCUCCAUUGUUCGCCGGGUUGGUAGCGAUGGCCCGGUCACCGAUAUCCAUAGACAAACUGACACCAUCCCACUCAGCAACGACAUAACAUGCAACUUCAACGCCACUCCAAUCGCGAACUCUGACGGCACAUCCCGCGUAGGUAAGGUCACUGCCGGCACAAACCUCACCGUCUAUUGGCAAGGCUGGCCGCACUCAGGUCCCAUCGUUACAUACAUGGCGCGGUGUACGCCCAACUGCUCCACAUUCACGGGUCGUGAAGGCGCCGUGUGGUUCAAAAUCGAUGAGUUCGGGUACCAGAUACCGUCGGGUGAUACAGCGGGCAGUGAGCUGUGGGGGACGCAACAGCUUGACACGCAGAAAUACUACUGGAAUGUGACCAUUCCAGCGUGUCUUGAGAACGGAGAGUACCUGUUCCGACAUGAGAUUAUUGCCUUGAGUGAAUGCAAGACGAAGGGCAAGUGUCAGUUUUAUCCGAGUUGUGCACAGAUCGAGGUUAUAGGAGGAGCGGGGGUAAAGCCGGACGGAUUGGUGAGUUUUCCGGGGGCGUAUACAGAUGCGAGUGUGUAUUGGGAUACCAAUACUAUGGACCCAAAGGGCUAUGUUAUGCCCGGGCCGAAGGUUUGGAAGUGUCCUGGCUAAGAGUGUGGAGGAAGGGAGUCGGAGGGAGGGUUGUGGGUUUGUAAAGAGGUUCAAGAGAACGAUGACUAG